AUGGGUGAGUCGGACUCUUUGGUGGAAUCGUCCAUGCAACAGAUGCUAUUGUCAUCCGAUAUACUUCGAUUCAAAAUCACUCCGUCAUUAUUAGAUCUCAAACAGGAGGGGAAACAACCACUUUCAAUCGUGUUAACAACAUCCACAUUGUCCCAACUUCUUCAAAGCUUGAUUGAAAGUGGGAGUCUAAUACUCAGUACGGCAGAUUCAAGUGCCAAUUUGUUAAUUGAGAAACAUAUGGGGUGUCCAUAUUGGAAUCUAAACUUUACUGUGAGAUAUACCAUUGAUUUCUUACAUUUACUACUCAAAUUUCAGUUGCCAAGUCACUGUGCUAUUAUCCGAUUGAGAGGGUCAUUAACUCAAAGUUUCAAAUUUGGUGGAUGUUUCAGCAACGGAAUCAUAACCCUUCACCAACCAAAUUUAACUGAUGAGAUUUUGCAAUUGGUUGUAUCUAGUGACAAGAUGGAGACUAUGAUAUAUACACCGCAAAUCACAACCCUAGAUGAGAUCUCCAAUCUUGGCAAACACAAAAUUGUACCUUUAGAAGGUCGAGAUGUGUCUAAUUUGAUGUCACUGAUUUCAACCACGUUAUCAUUUACUCGACGUGAAAUUAAACAAAUUUUGGGUCCUGGUGGUUCAAGAUUGGAUUCGAUACGUAUACAACUGAAAUGUUGGAUUCAUAUCGAUCUGAAUCCUUAUGAACAGAGUGUGAUUGAAAAUAUGAGGUUUGUUGGUAAAAAAAAUCAAAGACAAGAGGUGACCAUAAAUGGGUUGAAGAAGAAUGUUGAUAUCGCUGUUUAUGAGAUACACCAAUGUGUGUUGGCUGAUGAAUCAUUGUGA